UAAACAACCUCUAAACGCCAUUUUAAAACGGAACCCGAUUUCUAAUAAUUACAAACGGAGUAUAAUAAUUAAGUUAUAAUUUUUAUAAUAAACCAAACGGGACCUAUUUCAAUAUGGUAGCACCAAGUAAAAUAUUUUAUCCGCCUUUAAAUCGGUUACAUUGUUCACAAGUUUUUCUACAUCCUGGUGAAUCGUGUUUAGGUUUUCAGCUCCGUAAUAAUUUUAUAAAAUCAUCUUCGAUUUAUUUCCUGCCUAUACUUAUAGCGCCCAUUUUUUUGAAAAGGAAUAAACUAACUAAAAAAGCAUUUUUGGAUAUUGUGAAAAACUAUAAACUCGCAGUUAUUACUUCAGUUGGCAUUAUAAAAGCGUCCAUGGCUUUCGAGUGUAUUUUGCGAAAUGUCCUUGGUAAAUAUACUAAGUACACAACAUUUUUUUUACCACUGUUUUUGGGCACACAAUUACUUUGGCUAUGUCCGGAUCAGAUGGUGAAAUUCUAUGCAAUAGGAAUGUCUCAAGCGGCAUUAGAAACUUUUCUGAAUAUCAAGACAAAUCCAUUAAAUAAUUUGUUGAAAAAUAAUUUUACGCGAAUUUUGUUAUUUAUGAUUAAUAGUGCAAUUAUAUUACAUCUCAAACAAAAUGGUACUGAUAAGGAAUUUUGGUUCAUUAAGCCUGAAAAAGAGGACGCCACCUAUAAAAGUGAUAAAGAAUUUCUAAGCACUCUGCUUAAAGAUAUGAAAAAAUACCUAAUCACUGGAAUAACACUGGACUUAUUACGAAUUAUUUUAAAAAAUUUGAAAAUUUUUAAAUCGAAUACAUCCUUAAUUGACAAAAUAAAAAUGUUGAAAUUUAAUAUGACUGGAUACUUUCUGAGUUAUUUUGGACUCUACAAAGUAAUUAAUUACUUACUGCAAAAAUACACUAAUCCAUCGCAAUUAAAUAAAAAUAAGGCACAUAUCCUAGCUGCCUUCAUAGGUGGGAUCUCUUUUAUCUGCAUUAAGAAGAAUAUUAUUCUUGUGUUAUCAAUGAUUACUGUUAUACGCUUAGCGUACCACAAACUCUGUUCUCUGGACGUCAAAACUGAAGAAAAUUAUGGGAAGUGGCUAAAAUAUGCUAAACGAAUACCUUUUGGAAAAUUAGUCACUCCAAUCUGUAAUGCAUAUGCGAUUCAUAUGUAUAUGGUUAAUAACGAAGCAACCAGUAGUUUCACCAAAAGUUAUUUAAAUAUCACAAUGGAAUAUUUGCCUCAAAAAAUUUAUAAUUAUAUUUUAAGAAAUAGCUCUAAAGCCUUACUGGAAAUGGGAAGUACAACACCUAUAAGAAUAAUUAAAUAAUAAUAGUGCUAAAGUGUAUCAUAUUAGUUCUGUUCCACCAGCUACUCAUAGUAAAACUCGAGUAAAACACAAGUAAAGUACAAACUGAGAGCGUAACACAAAAAAAGUGCC